AUGGAAAUGGAUUUUGAACCUCCCUUUUUAAAGAUAUACAACACUCUAUUGGAAAAAAAUCUUGGAGAUAAUUCAGAAAAUGAUUUGUACUCUAAGGUAGAGGGAAGUGAGGAACUACCUUUGAUUGAUCUUGAGAAGUUAAAUCUUGAAGAUCCUAAAAGAGAAGAGUGCAUGAAAGAAAUAAGUGAAGCUGCUAGUAAAUGGGGUUUCUUUCAGAUUAUUAAUCAUGGAAUUUCAAAUGAGAUUCUGAACAAGAUGAUAUCUGAGCAAAAGAAAUUGUUCUAUCAACCUUUUGUGAACAAGUUAUCUGCAGAAACUGUCUUUAAUUUGUCUCCAAAAACAUACAGAUGGGGGAAUCCAUGUGCUACCAAUCUAAGACAGCUUUCUUGGUCUGAAGCCUUUCAUUUUGCUCUGACAGAUAUACCAAAUAUGGACCAGCAUAUAACUUUGAGAUCAAGCCUUGAAGAUUUUGCAACAAGAAUGGAUACCCUUGCCGAAAACUUGGUGGAGAUUCUUGCUCUCAAAGUGAAUAUGAAAUCCAACCAUUUUCAAGAGAAUUACUUGCCAAAAAGUUCUUUCAUUCGACUAAAUAGAUAUCCUCCAUGCCCUAUAUCUUCAGAAGUGUUUGGCCUCUUGGCUCAUUGUGACACUAGUUUCCUUACCAUACUCUAUCAAGAUAGUGUCGGGGGAUUGCAAUUGAUGAAAGAUGGAAAAUGGGUUGAUGUCAAGCCUAAUCCAAGUGCUCUAGUUGUUAAUAUUGGUGAUUUAUUUCAGGCAUUAAGCAAUGAUGUUUACAAAAGCAUAAAACACAGAGUGGUUGCUGCUGAAGAGGUAGAGAGGUUUUCUACAGCAUUUUUCUAUUGUCCCUUCAAUGAUGCAGUUAUACAAAGUGAAAACAAGCCAGCUGUAUAUAAGAAAUUCACUUUGAGGGAGUAUAGACAACAGACACUGAACGAUGUCAAAGAAACAGGAGAUAAAGUGGGGCUCUCUAGAUUUGUUCUUUAG